AUGGCUGCCCCCUCCCCUCCCCUCCGCUUCCUUUCUCACUCUCCCCCCUGUCCUGCUUGGGCGGUCUGCCAGCACACAUGUCCUCGGCUCGGGCUCCUCGCGGGGGGCGCCCCCCGACCCCCGGGCCGGCGGCUACCGCCACUGCCGCGGCGAAGGCCUCCUCCCGGCGCCUUCAGUCUUUCUUGUCACAAAUGCCCUCGGAGUCCAGUGAGCGGACUCUCCUACAACGGUUGAAUGCCUGCUUUCAGCUCGUCCAAAUCCCCCCGGAGGAGCUGGACCCCGAGUCCCGAUCGUUGUACGCCCUGCGGCACAUCCUGCAGCAGCGCCAUAUCGGGCGCCGUGCAUCGGGCUCCGGCAGUUCCAGCCCUGUCCUCCGCCAUUCGGACCGGCGGUCCGUCUCGCCGGGGCCCGUCUCCCCCGGGUCGCAGACUCUGCAACCCGGUGACCGGGGCUUCGCGGCGGCCGCCCUGCGGCGCACCCUUCAGGAACUUCUGGACGCCGGCGGCAGCGGCCCCGGCCUCCUGCAAACCGGUGCGAUUCUCGGUCGCUGGACGCCUCCACCGGCCCCGGGCCAUGGGGGCGGGGAUCUCGGCGAGGGGCUUCCCCCCGGUGACCCGGCCUCCGAUUCGGGCUCCGAGUCCGACACCGAGUCCGGCACCUUCUCCCAGCGUCUGCACACCACGGCCGAGGCCGAGGUGUCCUUCAAGCGCCGGUCCGGAUCGGCCAUGGCCUCGACCAUGUCACCUCCCCCCCCGGCCGACAUCAUUCGAUGUCCCCCUCGCGGCUGGCGGCCCCAGUUGUCGAGCUCGGCCAAAAGUGUCACCUUCCUGGUCCGGCGCCGGAAUUUCACCGAGCGCGCCCUCGGCGUCAACCGCCUGGCCAUCCCGGGGCCGGUGAUCUCUCCCCUUUCGCGGAAGAUCCUGCCGGCAUACAUUCUGCGCGAUCGACUGGAUGGCCCCGGUUCGCGGGUCCCCCCGAAGCUGGCCCUCCUCCGGGAGGUGCAGCAAUUUUUCCACGGCCCCUCCCGGCUACGAGGGACCCUGGACUUCGGCGCGGCGAAUCCCCUGCUCCUGGGCCUCCAUGUGACCGGCGCCGGUGGGCCCGACGCCGAGUUCCACCCGGUUCCCCUGCAAACCCUGGAUUACAUGCACUUCCGCGAGGAGCAUCUGAAGCAGGUGAAUGCCCUGCUGGCGGCAUGCUUCUGGCCCGGGAUUGACAUGUCCGAUGCCCUGGACUACCCGGACCAUACGGUGGUCAUCGUGUAUGGGCGCCUGGUGGUGGCCUGUGCAUUUUUGUCCCCGCCGCCACCCGGCUCCCCUCCGACCACGCCGAUGUACCUGGCCUUCCUGUGUGUGCACCCGGAGUGGCGCCGUGCCGGCCUGGCCAAGCGCAUGCUGGCCCUGCUGCUGCUCGGGGCCCCGCCCGGGCGGGAUGUCACGCUCCAUGUGUCGCCGGAAAACCCGGCCAUGCUGCUGUACCAGGGGAUGGGCUUCAAGUGUGACCAGUUUGUCUUUGGCUUCUUCCAUGCCGUGGCCAAGACCCUGGCCGGGACGGUGCUCGACUCGGAGCCGGGGGUUGUCUCGUGGGACGGCAUCAGCGGGGGCUUUCGUGCCGACGCCAGUGCCAGUCGGCGCAAUGCCUUCCUGAUGCGUCUUCGGCGGUAGCCAUGUGUGUCCCCGACCCGGCGCCUGGGGCCCCGGCUGGUGGGCAUCUUCUUCACAUCCUCAAAACAACACCGGCAUGCCUUCCGAGCAUGUCGCCAUGUCCCCAAAUCCCAGGCAGUGGUGUAUUGCACGUCGAGCGGGCGAGGAGCCCGCGCGGGCCCGGGAGCAGAGGGGACUGAGGACAAAGGGGAGGAGAGCGAGCAGGCAUGCCGUCGCCCGGUCUAUCGGGAUGUUUCCAGGGGAGUGGAUUGAGGGAGAGAGAGAAAGAGGGAGAGGAAGGGGAGGGAAAGUGGAUGGAGAGGGGGCGCAAGGGCAACAGGGGAAGGCCCCGGCAUGCCGCAUCAGAGGUCGCAGCUGUGCAAACGGGACUCGGCCCGGAGGGCAGCCAUGGCGGCCUCGAUAUCCUGGCAGUUCCGGGAGGAAGCCCCGGGAGAUGCGCCGCGAGCACCGGCAGACAGGGACUCGAGCACCGCCGGGGUGCCGGGCACCGCCGGGAGUGCCCCCAGGUCCUGGAGAAGAUCCGCAUCCUGGGCCGCCUGCAGCGGGUCGGCCAGCUGGUGCGGCCAGGCCGGUCCGGGGCAGGCAUUCGGGGUCCCCUCGGCGGCCAGCAGGGCCAGGCACCCGGAGGAAAGGGGCUGCAUCCGGCAGCACAGCUCCAGGGUGACCGGCUGGCUGCGGGACACGGACCAGCGCGAGACGGUGGCCAGCCCGGCCGGCGCCCCGAGCAGUCCCAGCAGCAGGGCCGCCUCGAACAGCGGCCAGAGGCCGCGCCAGGAGGCCGGAACCGGCUUGGAGUCCGGCCCGCCGGCGGCGGGCACCUCGGCCGGGAAGAGCUCGGACCACCAGCGAAGGUACCGCUGGCGCUGGUACCAAACCUGGUAGUCGUACUCGAAGAGCAGGCGGAUGGCCCUCGGCCGGUGGGCCUCCGGCACCAGGAAGCCGAAAGUCCCGGCGAUGAUCGGCAGCAGGAGGAUCACCACCAAGAGCAGGGACCACCAGCGGGCCACCAGGAAAAGCCCGGCCACCGGCCGCGGCGCAAACAUGUGCAUCAGGAAGAGCCCGCCCGCCAUGGGGGCCCAGACCAGCCGGGCCAGGGCGACGAGGAUGGCAAACUGCGGCUCCGGGCCGUAGGGGUUCGGCCGGUCCUUCAGUUCCUCCACCGGGGGGAGGGGCUCCUCGGCGUCAUCGGCGUGGUCCUCGGCGUCGGCAUUCCGCCGUCCGGGGACAAACGACUGCACCCACGAGAUGAGGGAGUGCAGCUUCUCGCUGGUCGUGGACAUCUUCGGGGAGGAUGCGCCGUGGCGAUGUGUAGGCGGGUUUAGCGGGAAAGCGGGAAGGGCG